AUGUCCGUCAAUGACUCCCGUGAGCUGGUUGAGGCGAUGCUGCAGCAAGAGUUUGAGGGCUCCGGGAUUGAAGCCACCACUAUAGUAUACAAGAAUGCCGAAGAGAUUAUAAAAACUUCCAAGAUGGGACUAUGGGCGCAGAGUGCCGUGCAGGAAAGUGUGGUGAUCAAUAUGCGGAUGCCGGGAAUCAAGAGAUUCUUGAGAAACUUGGCCGAGAUGGGAGUCGGUGUCACCGCGGAGUACCAGGGUGUUUUAUACAAGUUUGUCCCGAAGCGACGUCGCCCUGCUCCAGUCUGUAGCGUACUGCGGUUGGACUGGCCGAAAUGGGAGUGGGUUGUCACCUGA